UAAGGAAUGUACUUAUUUAUGAUUAUACUUUAGUAAACGCAUUUUUAGCGUGUACGACCUAAUGUGAGCAUCAGUGGGUAAAUAAACUGUAUUUCUACUAUUAAUUCUCAACGUUAGCCUGGAAGCUAACUACGUAGGCUAAUAUGGCGCAGGGUGCGAGGGCCUCUUUUGUUCUUCAACGAGGGUGCGGUAGUAGGCACGGACGUAAACCGUUGUAAGUCCUUUAUCGUCAGAUAUUUAUGUCGCAAUGUAAUCUGGCAAAAUGCUAGUAAUAUACCCAAGGCCAUUUGCAAAAUUUCAGAAUCCACCUUUUGUGAAGAAGCUCGUCGCUAUAUUGGGUGAAGCUGAAAAAGUGCUUAGUAUGUGUAUUCUUUACAUGUCUAUAUACUCUAUAAGCACUGUGCUUAUUACACGCACAAGAGGAAAACUAACAGUCCAACAUCACAUGUACACCAUAUUAGCCGUGUUAGAAAAUGUAAAGAUGGCGCCAACUACGUCCGUGCAUACCAGUUCAAACAUACAACUUUAAAUUUGAUGUAUUUCCCUCCAUUGUGACCAAAGUAUUGUGGGCGUUCGAUGCAUGUAAUGCUUAGUUAUUAAUUGCUAAUGAAAGAGUUGUCCUUUGUGACGAUAUAUACACUAUUUAUUGAAUAAACAGUUUCUGCAUUCUUCAUUUACUAUGAAUUCUCAUACAUUAAAAAAUUGAAUGGAAGUCCUGUUUUUGAGGCUUCUACCCAGCAAUGGCUGAUGAGGGCUACGUUGUACGAAUCAGGGGUCUCCCAUGGUCCUGUUCAGUGGAUGAAGUGCAGAGAUUUUUCUCAGAUUGCAAAAUGCUGGGUAACAGCGGCGGCGUCCACUUCACCUCCACGCGAGAGGGUCGUCCCAGCGGAGAGGCGUUUGUCGAGUUGGAAACAGAAGAAGACCUUAAGAUAGCUUUGAAGAAGGACAGAGAAACUAUGGGGCACAGAUAUGUGGAGGUGUUUAAAUCCAACAAUGUGGAGAUGGAUUGGGUCAUGAAGCACACUGGUCCAAACUGUCCAGAGACGGCGGGAGAUGGGCUUGUGCGGCUGCGAGGUCUCCCCUUUGGCUGCAGCAAGGAGGAGAUUGUCCAGUUUUUCUCAGGGUUGGAAAUCGUGCCAAAUGGGAUAACAUUGCCGGUGGACAUCCAGGGGAGGAGUACGGGGGAGGCCUUCGUGCAGUUUGCUUCACAGGAUAUAGCUGAAAAGGCUCUAAAGAAACACAAGGAAAGAAUAGGGCACAGGUACAUUGAGAUCUUCAAGAGUAGCCGCGCUGAGGUGCGAACCCAUUAUGAGCCCCAGCGCAAGCCCAUGGGCAUGCAGAGGCCAGGCCCCUAUGACCGGCCCUCUGGUGGGCGCGGCGGCUACAACAUGAUGGGCCGGGGCGGAUCCUAUGACCGAAUGCGCCGCGGAGGCUACGGAGGAGGUGUGUCGAGCGGACGAAGAUCUGAAAUCAGAUUUGGCGUGUCGGAUGGUCGGUACAAUGACGGCGGCUCGUCCUUCCAGAGCACAACAGGCCACUGUGUCCAUAUGAGAGGCCUGCCAUACAGAGCCACCGAGUCAGACAUCUAUAUUUUCUUCUCCCCGUUAAAUCCAGUGCGGGUCCAUAUUGAGGUUGGCCCUGAUGGCAGGGUGACAGGGGAGGCAGAUGUGGAGUUUGCUACACACGAGGAUGCAGUGGCCGCCAUGUCCAAAGACAAAGCCAACAUGCAGCACCGCUACGUGGAGCUGUUCCUAAACUCAACAGCAGGUGGCAGUAAUGGUGGCUACAGCAGCCAGAUGAUGGGGGGGAGCCAGUCGUCUUACAGUGGCGGCCAACUGAGCUCAGGCUAUUCGGGUGGGUACAGCAGCCAAGGAAACAUGGGUGGCUACAGUGACUACAGUAACCAGGGCGGAAUGGGAAGCAGUUACUAUGGCAGUGGAGGAGGCGGUGGUAGCAGAAGCUCUAUGAAUGGACUCGGCGGGGGCUGGGGAAUGUAGUUUUUGUUUUGUAAGCGUACCUUUUUUGUGAUCAUUUGUUUUAACUCGGCAUUUUGCUGCAAGGACUGGAAAUGUCUCAGCGGUAAACAUGGGGAAAGGUCAAGGUGAGGUUUUGAACAAAGCGAGGGGUGGUUUGUACGUUUUUUUUUUUGUUGUUUUUUUUUAAGUAUGUCCAAGAGGAGUUGCUCACAUCCCACUUCCUUUGAUUUGUGAGUUCACAGAACCCAAGUUCACUCCAUUUUUGAACCUGGAUUGUUAAAAUACCCCCAGUUGUUCCCCAAAGGCAACCUGUCUUGUCUUGGUAGUGUUAAAACUUUUCUUUUCUAUGUCGGAGUGCAUGAACAAUAUGGGCAUUUUAGACAUUAUUUUACAUCUAAUCCUUUAAUUUAGUUGUACAAUGUAAAUCUGAAUCCAGUCUUGACAUACAGCAUAUUUUAAGGUGUGACUGCUGACAGGGUACUUUUAUCUUGGAAAUCCUCCCAGGAGCAACUCAGUCUGCAAUCUGCUGUCAUGAAGGUUCUUCUGCUUCUAAUGUCAUUUGUAUUUUCUGUGAGCAAAGUGAAUAAACUAGUUGGACUAUGUCAUGGAAA